AUGGACCCAUCUCUGUGCGGCUUCGCGGCCGAUACGCUUUUCGGCCCAGCUGUCGCGUCUUGCCGUCGAGAGUUCGAUUUUACAGUUCUCUUUGAAGAGGCCGUGCUCACAAUCAUCCCUGCUGGCACGUUUGCUCUGUUGGCCAGCGCCAUUGUCGUCAUUGCGUAUCGACACAAAUCGCCUGCCUUGGUGCGCAGUGGACGUCUCUACCCGCUGAAGCUUUGUUCCAUUGCGGCAUUGACAGCAGCCCAAGUCGCAGUCCUUGUUUUCCAGGCGCGGGCGCCCAACAAGACAACCACGUCGAUACCCAGUGCUGCUGUCUCGCUCGUUGUGACAAGCAUCUUUCUGCCACUGGUCUCGCAUAUCGAGCACUUUACAUCGCGCCGACCUUCAGCGCUCUUGUCGAUUUUCCUCGUCUUGACAUCCCUCUUUGAUUCCACACGGACACGCACGUCCUGGCUCGUCGCUAGAGCAAGCGGCUCUACCAACGGCGCAGAGAUUGGGCUGGCCAUCGCACUGACCGCCACCGUUGCAAUUCGAGUUGUGCUUCUCUACCUGGAGACAAAAGGCAAGAAAGCGCUUCUUAUUUUGCUCCGCGAAAAUGAAAAGGUCCCCGCCGAAAUACUGGCCGGGCCCAUCAGCCGCACUGUGUUCCACUGGCUGAACAGCCUGCUGUUAGUCGGCUACCGUAACGCCCUCCAGGCGACUGAUUUUGGUCCUAUUGACGACCGCUUGCUCUCCGUGCGCCUCCGGCCCAAAUUUCAGUGCGUUCGCGACCAGUAUGUAAACAAAGAGAACAAGAGCGCGGCCAACGUGUCAACAAAUCGUCUUAUUGUUCUCACAUUUUCGUCGCUCGGCCAUCUCCUGGCAGGCCCCAUCAUCGCCAGGCUCGCCGUCACAGCGUUUUCCUUCACACAGCCAUUUCUCGCAAACGCGGCUUUGACUUACCUGCAGUCAGAGACAGACCCAAACCAGCCCGCCUCGCGCAAUUAUGGAUAUGGACUCAUCGGCGCUACCGCUCUUACAUACGUUGGCAUUGCGGCGGCCACCAGCUGGUACUGGCACCAGGCCUACCGGUGUUCCAUAAUGAUUCGUGGCGGACUCACAGGUGUUGUUUUCGACAAGUUGAUGAAGCUGCCCGAGGGUGAUGACAUAGAGUCCAAGGCUACGACGCUUGUGGUCAACGACGUGGAACGGAUCAUGCGCGCCUGUGCCCGCGGCCACGAGGUGUGGGCUGGCACAAUCGAAACGGGCCUGGCGACGUGGCUGCUCUAUCGGCAGCUUGGACCGUCAUGCCUUGUCAUGCUUGGAGUUGCUGCAAUCGCCGGUUUGGCUUCUACGCAGAGUGUGAAGCGGAUGGGUGCGCGUCAGCAGCAAUGGCUUGCCGCCACACAGAAGCGCCUGAAGAGCACAAAGCACAUGCUGGACAGCCUCAAGGGUAUUAAAAUGACCUCUCAAGACGAUGUGGCCUAUGGGAUGCUGAACAAGCUACGGGCGGCGGAGAUAAAGGACUCGGCUCCUUUUCGCUGGAUCAUUGUCAUAUCCUGCUUCUUGUCAUACUGCACUAUGAUCCUGUCCCCGCCUCUUAUUCUGGGCGUUUACGUCGGUGUUGGGACGUCUGGCGGCGGGCACCAAGACUUUAGCAUAUCCACCAUUUUCACGUCCUUGGUUAUUAUUGCUCUUUUAUCUUCGCCGUUGGUCCAGCUUUUCCAGGUACUGCCCAGCCUCGGUGCUGCCCAUGGCUGCUUCGGCCGGCUGAAUACCUUCCUUCAGCUGAAAGAAAAAACCGAUUUCAGAGAUUUCAGAAAUGGACACAACGGCGCCUUUGCUGAAAAGAGAGCUAUCAGCAGCGCCGACGCACCUAUUGUCUCACUACAGGAUGUGUCACUCGCAUGGAACGAGUCCGACACUCCUGUUCUCACAAAUAUUAAUCUUGAAGUCCAGAAAGGAUCAAAGAUUGCGAUUGUUGGGCCCGUUGGCAGUGGCAAGACGCUUCUUUUGAAGGGCAUAAUUGGCGAGGUGUACAAAACCCACGGAGUACUUUCGCUGUCUCCGACUACAUCCCUUGCCUACUGCAGUCAAAAGCCAUGGCUCGAAAACAUGUCUGCCAAGCGAAACCUGAUGCAGUACGGCAGUGAGACGUUCGACUCUGAUUUCUACCGUGAGAUUGCUUCGAACUGCAUGCUCGACGACAUCAUCCAGCUGCCCACCUUUACAACCAUUAUCUACAGCACGCAUGAUGAAAACAUUGCUCGCUUGGCUGACGAGGCAUAUCGAAUCGAUGAAUCCGGACACCUGUCCAGGUUCUCCUUGGAUAUUGUCGCUGAUGAAGGCCAUGGCGGUGAGGAUGAGCCGUCUGCAUCACUGAAUAUAGUGGAGGCUGGACAGCCCGAGGUUGCCAGCAACGCUACCAACGCGACCCCAAAACCACGAUUUUCAGAAAACGAGGAACACACAUCCGAGGAAGAAGAGCCUCCGCGAGUGGCCAUGGCACACAAGCUCCUUGGAGACUUGACCGUGUUCAAAGCCUACUUCAAAUCCGUGGGGUGGGUACACUCGACGGUUUUCUUGUUUGGUGCUAUCUCCUGGGCCAUCAGCUUCAAGUUCUCCGACGUAUGGAUCCAGUGGUGGACCGACGCUGUGGACUCUGGUGACAGCAGCAAACCUCUUGGAUACUGGCUGGGCGUCUACGCUGGACUCGGUGUCUUGGCUCUCUUUGUCCUCACCGCAUGGCUUUAUCACCAGCAGUUUAAUAUUGUCUCCCGUUCUGGCGAAAACCUCCACGGACAACUUGCUACGACCGUUUUCAAAGCGCAGUUCCCAGUCAUCAGCCAAAUCGACACAGGCACCACUCUCAACCGGUUUAGUCAGGAUCUGAUGCUGGUUGAUAUGCAGCUACCCUUGGAUCUCUUCAAUACGGCGUCCGAGUUUUUCACGGCCCUCAUUCAGGUGGCACUGAUUGCUUCUGCAUCUUCGUGGCCUGCCCUCGGUGUCGUGCCUGCCAUGCUGAUUCUACUCUAUGCUGUACAGCACUUUUAUCUGCGCACAUCGAAACAGCUUCGUCUUCAUGAGUUGGAAGCCAAGGCUGCCCUCGUUACCAAGAUAUCUGAGACAGGUGCAGGUGAUGGGCUCUCGACCAUCCGCGCACAUGGCCCAGUCUGGGUGGACAAGACAAGAAACAGGUUUGACGACAAGAUGGACCGCUCCCAAGAACCACUGUAUUUAUUGUAUGCAGUGCAGCGGUGGCUGCAACUGGUACUGAACUUGAGCGUUGCUGGUCUCGUGGUGGUUGUCUUGGGCACGUCAGUCGCUUUGAAGAGUUCCUCGAAAUCCAGGAUCAGCCCUGGCGCCGUUGGUGUUGCCUUCCUCAACGCCGUCACCUUUGGCGAGACAAUCACACAGUUUGUGACGGCCUGGACAGGCCUCGAAACGUCACUUGGUGCUAUUGCACGCAUCAGUCUUUUCCACCGCCAAACUGCCAUUGAAGAAGACGUCGCCGCAGGGGGUAGUCAGCAGCUCCCAGCAAUCCAGGAUCCCGGUGUUGGCACCAUUCGAUUUGAGAAUAUUUGGGCAACGUACGAUGACAUUAUUACGGAUGACGUGGACCCAGUUACUGCCCAGGACGAAAGCGGUCGCCCCCGGCAGGGCCAGCACUGGAGCCUUCGGGGCGUCACGCUUGAUGUCCGCGCCGGCGAACGCGUCGCAAUCUGCGGCAAGACGGGCUCAGGCAAGUCAACAAUGCAUCUCGCGUUGCUGCGCAUGGUCAACAUCCCUGUUGGGUCUGUCUUUGUCAACGGUCUUAGACACACCAACAUGUCCUUAGAGAAGCUCCGCAAAAGCUUUUACAUUAUUUCCCAGGACACUCCACACCUUGGAUUUGAUACGCUGCGUCAGUGGAUCGAUCCCCAUGCGGCCUUCUCUGACGAACAUCUUGUCCAGGUCCUCCGCGAAUGCGGCGUUCUGGAUAUGGUGAUGAACACACCCGGCGGGCUGACAGCCAGCAAAGGAGGCUUCAAGUUCUCGGUAGGCGAAGAGCAGCUGCUAAGCGUUGCCCGAGUCAUUCUCGAAGUUGAGAGGCGCGAGGGCGCACAAGGCGAGAACAGGGGUGGUAUCGUGCUGCUGGACGAGGCGACAAGCAGUGUGGACAAGGAUACAGAGGAAAAGAUGGAGAACCUCAUCAAGACACGGCUUGUUGGCAAGACUUUGAUUGCUAUCAACCAUCGACUCGAGGCUGUGAUGGAUUAUGAUCGUGCCUUGGUGCUGGACAACGGAAUGGUGGUUGAUUUUGGCACACCAGCCGAACUCGUGCAACGCUGUGAACUGUUUGCCGGGCUAAAAGCUCGCAGUGGUUAA